GGAGCUGCGCAAACAGCUGGAGACCAUGUCUGAGGAUGCGACCAGGACCCUGGGGAAAGGAAGCCAGCCCCCAGGGCCAGUCCCGGAGGGGCUGAUCCGCAUCUACAGCAUGAGGUUCUGCCCCUAUUCUCACAGGACCCGCCUCGUCCUCAAGGCCAAAGACAUCAGACAUGAAGUUGUCAACAUUAACCUGAGAAACAAGCCUGAAUGGUACUAUACAAAGCACCCUUUUGGCCACAUUCCUGUCCUGGAGACCAGCCAAUGUCAACUGAUCUAUGAAUCUGUGAUCGCUUGUGAGUACCUGGAUGAUGCUUAUCCAGGAAGGAAGCUAUUUCCACACGACCCAUAUGAACGAGCUCGCCAAAAGAUGUUGUUGGAGCUAUUUUGUAAGGUCCCACAUUUGACCAAGGAGUGCCUGGUAGCAUUGAGAUGUGGGAGAGAAUGCACUGAUCUGAAGGCAGCCCUGCGUCAGGAAUUCUGCAACCUGGAAGAGAUUCUUGAGUAUCAGAACACCACCUUCUUUGGUGGAACCUGUACAUCCAUGAUUGAUUACCUCCUCUGGCCCUGGUUUGAGCGGCUGGAUGUGUAUGGGAUAGCGGACUGUGUGAGCCACACGCCAGCCCUGCGGCUCUGGAUAUCAGCCAUGAAGUGGGACCCCACAGUCUGUGCUCUUCUCACAGAUAAGAGCAUUUUCCAGGGCUUCUUGAAUCUCUAUUUUCAGAACAACCCUAAUGCCUUUGACUUUGGGCUGUGCUGAGCCUCACCGUCCACCCCUUCACCGUCCAGAAUUCCCCAGCUUGUUGGGAGUUUACAUCACGGAUUGUCUUGGGAAUCAAUCUGUCUCACUUUCUUUUCUUUGAAGUUCCCAAUAAAAUGCUAACAGGAAAUGUA